AGAGGAAGAAUGGCCAACAUCCCGAAGAAAACAUCCCUCCAAAAGUCAAGCCUGAGCCAAGUAUCUCGUACCAGGGAGCCUUUCCUGAAGAUGAUCCAUGCCAAAGAAUCCUCCCCAAUCUAUCAGACUUGGACUCAGCGUGAGUUCCUCCUCCCCAAAGAGACCAAGGAGUUCCCGGGCUUCACCCUACAAGACUACCACAAGCUGGCCCUGAAGCAGCCACCAUGCACAGAGUUGAAGUCUAAGGUGCGUCACCAGGUACUCUAUCCUAGUAAGGAUGCAGCCGAGCACACCUGGGGCUUUCACACGUGGCUUGAUGUGGGACGUUUGCCUGCUACCUUUCCCACCAGACCGGACGUACCCUAUGACAGUAACGUCUGGCGCCAUUUGACUCACGCCAAUGCCCACCGUCUCCCUGCUGCGCAGCCUGGCAUCCCUCCGCCCUCCUGGAUGGGCCCACACAGCUUCCUGUCCUUCAUCAGUGCUAGCCCCAUAGUCGUGGACUUGAAAAGAAGGAAGCAGAUAAUCGUAAGAACAGUGAAGGAGCUGAAGGAAGUGGAGAAACUCAAGCUGAGGAGCGAACUAAGGGCCCCUCCCCUCGAUGCCAAUGGCAACAUCCUACCUCCGCCAAACUUCAAGAAGUACCAGUACAUAUCUACUGGUGGAAGGCUUGUGCCUUGGGGCCUCCAGUUCCUACCCAACCCAAUUCCCAAUAACAUCUGCAAGAGCUGGCCCUGCCCAAAUCAUCAGCCUCAUUACCAGGAAAAGGUCCUGAAACUGGCUCGGCUGCCCACGGUGCCCCUGAGCAAAGACCUUGUGAAGGACUACCAAGCCCUGAUAAAAGACCGGCUUGCCCUACCUGUCCACUACCUAUCCAAGGCACGACCUGCUAAAACACCAGAGGGAAAGAGAAAAAGGAGACCUGGAUAUGUCUGAAAGAGAAGACCAUGGUGGGCUUUAGGAUUUUCAGCCUAGCCUUCUUCAGCAAGAGACCCCAGGAGACUGAGGACUCUGGGCCUACAGAACAACCUUUCAACCAUCCUCUAGCCUCAUGCCAUCUCUGUAUCAGGCUUCUGGAGACAUUACUGAAGC